CCUGGGUAUUAGUACAAUCCUCUUGAGAUGAAAAAAAGAGAACCCACUGAUCCAGAAGAUCCGGUGUAUGGGGCGUCUUCCUCAUCGACCUCUCCACAUGUAGGUGAUCAUGAAUGCAUAACCAAAAAGCCAAAAGGAAAUGACUACGAAGUAUUCUUGAGCUUCAGGGGGGAAGACACUCGCAAGGGCUUCACAGAUCAUCUCUAUAUUGGCCUUGUCAAUGCAGGAAUUCAUGUAUUCAAAGAUGAAAAUGAGCUCUAUGGUGGUGAGGAGAUUGGUCCUGAGCUUCUCUGCAGUAUUAAGCAGUGUAAGAUCUCAAUCCCGAUUAUCUCAGAGAACUAUGCUUCUAGCAGAUGGUGCCUUUGCGAGCUGGCUCAAAUGUUGAAGUGCAAGAGACGCAGAGGACAAAUGGUGUUGCCCAUAUUUUACAAAGUGGAACCCUCACAAUUGCGACAUCUUAUAGGAAGUUUGGGAGAUGCUAUCGAUGCACAUAAAGAGAAUUUGGAUGUAAAGGUUGUGAAGGAAUGGGAAGAAGCGCUCGAAGAAGUUAGUUCCUUGAAGGGAUGGGAAUCAGACAAAGUUAAUAGAGGGCAUGAAGGAGAAUUGGUCAAAAUUGUUGUCAGAAAAGUUAUGAGUGAGUUAAAAAUUCAGCUAACUAUUCCUGAACAGUUGGUGGGAAUUGAUGAUUGUGUGCAACAGGUAAUGAGCUUAAUAGAUGCUAAAUUCUAUGAUACAAGGAUUAUCGGAAUUUAUGGAUUUGGCGGCAUCGGUAAAACAACUCUUGCAAAGGUGUUAUACAACAAACUCUCCGGUCAUUUUGAGUAUCUUAGCUUUGUGGCGAAUAUUCGAGAAACAUCUCGGCACAAGGGUAUUGAAUGCCUACAAAAGCAUCUCAUUUACGAUAUACUAAGAUAUCCACAUGACGUGUCUAAUGUUGACGACGGAAUUGGUGUCAUCAAAUCUCGAUUUACAAGUAAGAAAGUCCUUAUUCUUCUUGAUGAUAUUGAUGACAAGAAUCAGUUGAAUGCUUUGGCCGGAGAUGGUAGUUGGUUUCAAGCAGGAAGUAUAGUCAUUGUCACAACUAGAAACAAGAGCAUUCUUGAUGAGACUGGUGUAGGCUACACGUACCAACUCAACGAGUUGUCUCUAAAUCAAUCAUUGGUUUUAUUUAGUAGACAUGCAUUUCGGAAGGAUUUUCCCCAAAGUGAUUAUCGGAUUCUCUCUCGUGAUGUCGUAUCUACUGCCGGGGGGCAUCCAUUAGCUCUUGAAGUGAUUGGUUCAUUCUUAUGCGGAAAGUCAAAAAAAGUAUGGAAAGAUACAUCGAAGAAAUUAAAGAAAGUGCCUGAUAAGAAAGUCCUAGAGACUUUGAGUAUAAGUUAUGAAGCAUUAGAUCAUCAGGUGCAACAGAUAUUUUUGGAUAUUGCAUGUUUUUUUAUUGGAUCAUCUAAACAAAGUCCAACUUACAUGUGGGAUGCCUGUGAUUUUUUCCCAGAGAAUGGGAUUGAAGUAUUGUGUCUUAUGUCCUUAAUUAAAAUUGAUAAAGACGGCAAGCUACUGAUGCAUAAUCAAAUGAGAGAUUUUGGAAGGGAAAUUGUUCGUCUAGAAAAUCAAAAGGAGCCUCAAGGCCGUAGCAGAUUAUGGAUUUAUGAGGAAGCCAUCAAGGUGCUUGACAACAACAAGGGCACUGGUAAGAUUGAAGCCCUUCGUCUGGACAAAUUUGGUUGUAGAAGAAGCUACGCAGGUGAACUAUUUAAAGAACUGACCCAUUUGAGGUUCCUUCAUGAACACUGCGAAUCUUGUUGGAGAUUUCCUGAACUUGCUUCCUCAAUUAAGAUGGCUUCAAUGGGAGGAUUGUCCUUUGAAUUUCACAGCGCCAACUUUCAUCUGAAGAAAUUAGUUGUGCUGGAUCUGUCGGGGAGUGAGAUUUCUCGGAGGACUGGGGAGGAUGGGGUCCACUCAAGGUAA